CCGUCAGCAUCAGCAGCAUCAGCGGCAUCAACAGCAUUGACGGCGGCAAUCGCAGCAUGGUCACAUCAUCGGCAUCGCCAACGGGUACGGGCUGGUCAGCGCCAGCGGAAUAUAAGAGCGCCAAUACGGCUGUUGCAGCUGCAGCCGGGUCAGCGGCUGCUGCGAUCAUGUGCGAGGUGCUGCCGUCGAGCAGUGCGAGUGUUGGCAGCAGUUCGCCAACAGGUGGCGCCAGCAAUGGCACCGCUAACAGUGCUAACAGUGGCAGUGGCAAUAAAAUCAAUAUCAACAACAACAACAGUAGCAACAACAACAACAACAACAGCAACAACAACAGCAACAAUAGUCGCAACAACAACAACAACAGCAACAAUGCAGUGCACCAGGAUUUGUUGUGGAUGGAAAGAUUUGUGCUCGAAAGGCAACAGGAAUAUCCUGGCGAAUUGGUGCGUACGAGCAAUCCAUACUUCCUCUGCUCCGCCUUGCCCUCCCAUUGGCGCUCGAACAAAACUCUGCCGCUGGCCUUUAAAGUCGUCGCGCUGGCGGACGUCGGCGAUGGCACCUAUGUGACCAUCCGGGCGGGCAAUGAUGAGAACUGCUGUGCCGAGCUCCGCAACUACACAGCCCAGAUGAAGAACGGAGUUGCCAAGUUCAAUGAUUUGCGCUUCGUGGGACGCAGUGGUCGAGGAAAGAGCUUUACGCUAACAAUUACCGUUGCAACGAGCCCGCCACAAGUUGCCACCUAUGCCAAAGCCAUCAAAGUGACCGUUGACGGUCCAAGGGAGCCGCGCUCGAAGACAAGUCCGCCCGGCGGUCCGCAGUAUCGUGCCCUCGGCCUGGGCCAGCGACCGUUUAUCGACGGUUUUCCAAAAACAUUUCACGAACUGGAAACGCUGCGACACUCGGCAAAGGUUGCGGCUGCAACAACGGCAGCGGCGGCUGCUGCGGUGUCGGUUGCAUCGGCUGGCAACGCGCUGACCACAAACGCGAGCAUUGCCCAGCAAUUGGGCAGCAAUUACUCAUCAUCAAAUAGUACAAUAAAUUCGGAUUGCCAGGGCUACAAGCCUAAUGCGCCACAAAUUCAAGAAACCGAUCUGAUAGGGGCAGCUGAAUGGACAGGCUCAGCCAGCUCCGGGGCUAAUGUCGCCUAUCAUACGCAUAGCCACGCGGCGCAUCACCAUCACGCGCACCACCUGCAACAUCAGGUGGCUCUGCCGCCGCCACCGCCGCCGCCGGCAGCUGCACCGGUGCCUGUGCCAGUGGCCACGGCAUCGGCCAUGAACCACUAUAGCAGCGCUAUGAGCGGCUAUGAUACAACCACGCUGGACGCGGCCAACUAUCAUAUAUCGACGGUGCUUCCCGAGAUGCAUGGCUUCUCCGCCGAUCCGUAUCAGACGGCCGCGGCCAGCGGCUAUUGUGGCACCAGCUCCAAGUCAGACCUGGAAACCCUCAACGCCAGCUACGGAGCGACGCCCACUGCAUACAACAAUGCUGCGGCCUGGUCGAAUGGCUACAACAACUACCAAUACGGCAGUUGCUCGGCGACGGCGGCACAAUACGGGGGAGCCGCUGGCCAUGCGACGGCACCACCGCCACCAGUUGUGCUGUAUCCACAGCUCUACUCCACGGUCAAUCAAAACCAGAUACAUCUGCAUUUGCACAGCAGCGAAAAGCUGGAACAGUACCUGGCCACGGACCAACAGCUGACCAUCAGCUCGCUAGCCAGCAAUCGAUCUAGCAUCGAGAUUGGCUUGGGUCAGCAACACGAGGCGCAGCGGCAACUGGAGGCACAGCAACAGCAGCAGCAACAGCAACAGCAACAGCACCACCAGCAGCAGCAGCAGCAUCAAAACGAUGUCAGCAAUGAGGCGGCUCGCGAAGAGGACGUCGGCGACAUGACGCAAGUCUGGCGUCCCUAUUGACCCGAUCUGAUGGCAGCGCCACUCCAAAGAACACGCGCCUUUCUGCACAUAGAACUGAACU